AUUUCAUGUUGGGAAAGAAUGCCAAGGUACGGUGUGGUAACGUACAAAAGUCGAAAGAAGUCAAACAAUACUAGUGCUCAAACACAAUUCGAUCUUGCUUUGGCGGCAAGAAAUAAACCAAAUGCAGAGUCUGAAGGGUGUAAUAGUAAUAAAAGUGGCUCAAGGAAGACAAUGAAUAGUGAGAAGAAGGAUAAACGACAGAAUGCAUCUUCUGAUGCAAGCAAAAAGAGAAAAUUGAACCCUCUUUUGGAAGAUGAAUUAUUUGGAUUUAAUGGAAGUGACUCUGAAAUUGGGCUAUCAAUAAAACGGAGCAAGUCCCCCUCUAAAACAAGGCUUCUCCCAAAACAAAACUCUCCAACGAAAGCAGACUUAACUGUUGAAAUUAGUUCACCAUUCGGAACAACUCCAGGUUCACCAUUUAAAAGCAGGUCACCUUUGAAAUCAACAGUAAAGUCAAAGGACUCUCCAUUAAAAAAGGAGGGAAAAUUGGUUACAUUUAAACAUAAAAACACAGAUGAUAAAGAAUGUCAACAUUCAAAAGAUCCAGUUGAUAUGAUGGAAAAGGAUGGCUGCUCUGUUGAGGAAAAGAAGAAACAGUCACCAUUCAAACGUUUUCUAAAGAACAAUGUGGUCUCUUUAACGCCAAAAAAGCAGGAAAGAUUUGACCGAAGAUUCUCAGCUUUGCCAACAAACAGUGUACAAUGUGACAAGGAACAGUUGAAGGAUAGUCAAAAGAUAACCAAAGCAUCUUCAUGGCCUAUUGAGGCAUCCUCAUCAUCAUCAAGAGUCAGAGUUAAUCGUGAGGAGAAAAAGUUAUUUACUGUUGUUCGAAAUGUGAAGCAUAAGUAUGCUUGUUUAGAAGAUGGAGAAACUCAACAGUUUUUUGAUGAUGUGGAGUUUGCUCUUGAUGGUUUAAGAAAAGAUUUGUCAUUGGGUGCACGUUGCACAAGUGCUCUAGAUCUUGCAGUGCAGUGUUCUACUCCAUCAUUUCGUGCAAGUCUUCGUGCUCAUGGUUUCAUAUCAAAAAUAUUCGAGUGCUUGCAAGAUGCCCCGACAAAUAAGACUUUGGCACUUUGUUCGUCUUGUGUAUUGUUCAUGAUCACAAGGGAUCGCUUGUGUGUGGAUUUUGAUCAUUCAAUUUUAGAAUUACUUCUGAAGUUGUUAUGUAUUGGGACACAAAGUCAAAAGUCAGAAAUGAAUGUGAAGAAGAAUUUGCAUGAAGAAAUGGUUAAAAAGACAAGGGAAAUACUCAUACAACUCUCAGAAUCUCAUACAAUGUUCCUUGAUAUGGAAAAUUUAUCAUCAGCAUCACUUGCUCGGGAGUCAUUGCUGUCUUUGACAUCACAGAGAACUGGAGAAUGGUUCAAAGAAGGUGUGAGAAAGUUGGGAGGACUGGAUUACAUUGUUGAUUUAGUCUCGACAUCUGUUGUUAAUAUAAAAGACAAUACUGCAGAACUUAUCAAACACGACAAAGAAAUUGAAAGCAUCAAGAGAUGUUUGAAACUUAUAGAAAAUGUUACACUUCAUGACAGGGCGAAUCAAAUUUAUUUGGUCUCGUGUCGGAAGUCAUCCUUGGUUGUUGCAUUGUCCAGACUAUUGAGAGUAUGUAUCCAAAGUAUAAUUGAGGAUCAUCUUGUACCAGAAUCUAUCUUCUUUAAAAUGACCUUAGACUGUGUGAAGAGCAUAAUGCGAGUAUAUUUGAAUCUUACUCACGACAAUGAUGGUGAAAGUGAGACCAUUGGUCAACAAGCAAGUCUGAUCCCAACAUUAUUGUUAUGUGUUUUGCAGGUUCCACAGUUUGUUUCAGCUGAGGAGCAAUUUGACAUUUUGGUCUUGGCAUUGGGUCUAUUGAUCAAUCUGAUGGAACAUAGCAAACAAAAUAUCGCCUCACUGGUUGUUUUAAAGACUCGGCUGUCUUAUGAGGACUCACAAAACAGUUUGGACUCCAUUGAGAGUGGCGAUGCUGUGGGUGGAAAAGAAGUCUCUGCUCUUGAGGCAUUGGUUAACCUUUUCCAGCUUCGUGAACAGGCUGCGAGGGAUGCACUCAAAUGUGCAGAAAAUGGCUCUGAUGAUGAAUUAAAACUUACCCAAGAUGGGCUUGGCUGGGUUUGUGGGGAAGACAUUGAUUUGACAAAAACAGAAGAACCAGAUGUUGAUAAGAGUUCACAAGAAGAUUCUGAAAACACUCAACAACAAUCUCUAGAAGACGAGAUUGGUUCAAGUCUUAAAAAAGCUGGCAAACAUAUGGAAGACAGUAUGGUUGCAUCAUAUGUUGCACUUCUUUUGGGCUGUCUAGCAAAAGACAACAACGCUAAUCAGAAUCUCAUUAGACAACUUCUUCCUAUGAAUAAUUUUGAUGUACUUAUCAACACACUAGAGACAUUCUUGAGAUUCAUGAAAUUAACUAGUGGUACAACUGGCCAAGCUAUUGAAAAAAUCAUUCAUGUGUUGAAGAAUUGUUAAGUUGUUCUUGUAAAAGAGUUGUUGUUUGGAAACAU